AUGUCUCUUCUUAUCUCAAUAUGUAUGGGUCAUUGUAUAUGCAAUUAAUGAUUUACAAGCAAGAGCAGGUAUUUGGUCAUAGUACUAAUUUUAGUAAGAGAAUAUUCUGUUUUGUCGUAUGUCAUGUUGGUAAUUAAUGUUGGUGUUAGUUUUUUAAAUAGAUUAUAUGGUACUGCCUUCUUGAUUGCUGCACUCGUGUCAGUGAGCACUAAAAUAAAGGCCAAUGCCACAGGAUGAGUUUAACUCAUCUUCCUAAAACGAAGAAACCUAAUAACGUAAAUAGAAAUGUUGGAGACCUGGCCAUGAUAAACUUUUAUUAUUAAAAUAUGUAGGUACGACUUGAUUUUGCAUUGAUCAUAAGUACUCCCUCCGUCCCAUAAUAUAGAAACCUAGUGCUGGAUGGGACGUAUCCUAGUACUACAAAUCUAAACACACCUCCUAUCCAGAUUCAUACUACUAGGACGUCCCAUUCAUUACUAGGUUUCUAUAUUUUGGGUCAGGGCCUCAGGGGUAGUAGUUACCAAGUCAUAAAUAGUAACCUGUCAAAAAAAACUAAACAGGCCAUUGAUUUGAUGACAACCUGCAUGGUUGUACCCUGCACAAAAUGACUACUGCACCAACCCUUGGGUCCUCGAUGGUCUCAUGUCUGAAGUGUCCAGUGUGAUUGGGUAGAGCCAAGAAGGAUUUAUGGACUUAGUUGCCAAGCGAACUGGCCCAUCUCAGUAUUUUCCAUGAUGCACAACCCAGUAAAGGUGUUUUUCUUUCAAUGCCUGUUUUACCACCCUCCGACCUUCCUCUUUCUGCUUCCAUGGUAGCCACCUGCCCUGAACAGCUAAGGAUAUUUCCUGGUUGUUUGGAGCCAACCUGGAUCCAGCUGGCCAAGCAUGCCCCGAAGAUGGUUCUACCAAUGCUAUACCCAAAGCAACAAGAACAACCAUUUCACUAUUCGGAGGGUGAAGCUGAACAAACUUCUUAUCAUACAGUUGGAGAUCAUUCAAAUGCUGCUAGCAGUUCUCUUGUUUGCCCUUACCUUGCACUGCGUGGUUUUCUCCAUCCUGUGCAUGUCCCUUCUAGUUCUAGUUCUGGUGCCGAAAACAGUUCAUUUCAUCGGCAUCCAACUAGCUUGGAAGGCCAUGCAGCCCACGAUUUGAGCAAUACACAAGUUUUCCAUGCAACAGAGUCAAGAAAUCAUGACAAUGACCACCGCUAUAUGAGCAAUCUUCCUGUGUCAGGCAUUCCUGAUCAUUCUGUAGCUCCAUUUGGUAUAGGAUUGCCGAGAUAUGACAGCAGCAGCCAACAGAGAACAAGGCCAUAUGCACAUCACCGUCCCCUAGUUCACAGGCCCACACCUCGCAACGGAAGCAAUAUGGUUACACCAUUAGGGUCUGUGCCAGCUGUUAUGGCUGAGACUAGAGGCCAUGGUCAUGGUGCGAGGGGACACAUGUAUCAACAGUCAAUGCACUCAUUGCAGAGCAGCCCAUUCCCCCCUACAUCUAGAAGGGUUAGGCCUAGGGCUUUAACAAUUACAUCUUUCAUCGCAGCAUCAUCCUCAGCUGAGAUUGGAGGACACCAUGGCUUUGCUCCUCCUGUGAACAGGAGCAAUUCCUCGGAUGGUGAGGCUGUUUCUAGACCUGUUGAUCGGCCAUAUGGGUGGGGCCAGGAGGGCUUUACCCCAUUUCCCUGGAUCCCAGCUGACGGUGAAUCUCACUGGUGGGGCACCUUCAAUCCCAUGCAGAACCAUACACAUGGAGGCUUUACUCGAAGACCCACCGGGGAGCGAAUGCCGCAGAGCCACCCAGAUAGUGGAUAUCAUUCCAUGCAUCCUCAGAGGAUGCCGCCAUUCUUGUAAAGGUUAUCUUCCUCGUUGUUUGUGUAUAUCUCAAAAUUAGUUGGAAUUAUUUGCUCCGAGAGAAAACGAUGAAUCAGAUGCUAUUGUUUCCAAGGAACUAAAUGAUGCUGCUUCUGUUGUCGGAAUUUAGGGUUUUCUAGCUGGCAGCCCUAGGUUUGAUUAAGGGUUGUGCUUUAUCCUAUCUCAUUUGUUGCAAUGGGCAGAAACUAUUUGGAAACAUAAGCUUAAACUGUACCAAGCAGCGAUUGUUGCCAUUGAACAUAGUUGUGAUGCCAUUGAUGCAGGUGUUUCUCUCAAA